AUGUCCUCAUUCCCAAAUUCACUGCACUUCUUCCAACCUCCUUCACACUCUAGAACCAAAUCCAGAACAUCAGCCACGUCUUCAAAUGGUUCUUUCUCCCUCAAACAGAACAAAACCACCCCAUUCCCAGGGAAAGCAGAGGCUGAUGUUGUAGUGAUUGGGAGUGGUAUAGGUGGAUUGUGUUGUGCCGGGCUUUUAGCUAGGUACCAGCAAGAUGUUCUUGUCUUAGAGAGUCAUGAUUUACCUGGCGGUGCUGCUCAUUCAUUUGAGAUUAAAGGCUUUCACUUUGACUCCGGCCCAUCUUUGUUCUCUGGUUUUCAAUCAAAAGGCCCUCAGGCAAACCCUCUCGGACAAGUCCUGGAUGCAUUGGGUGAGACGAUUCCUUGUGCCAAUUACGAUUCAUGGAUGGUCUACCUACCUGAAGGUGAAUUUCUGUCGCGCAUUGGUCCCACAGAGUUUUUCAAGGACCUUGAGAAGUAUGCAAGUGCAAGUGCUGUUCAAGAAUGGAAAAAGCUUUUGGAUGCCAUUCUUCCAAUGUCUGCAGCUGCAAUGGCUCUGCCUCCACUCUCUAUCCGAGGGGAUUUGGGUGUUCUUUCUACUGCGGGAGCUAGAUAUGCUCCAUCUCUCUUAAAAUCUUUUGCCCAAAUGGGACCUAAGGGAGCGCUUGGUGCCACAAAGCUACUCAGACCAUUUUCAGAAAUCAUGGACUCAUUAGAACUGAAAGAUCCCUUUAUACGUAAUUGGGUGGACCUACUGGCUUUCUUGCUUGCUGGGGUGAAAUCUAAUGGUAUACUUUCAGCAGAGAUGGUUUAUAUGUUUGCAGAGUGGUAUAAGCCAGGUUGCUGUCUUGAAUACCCUCUUCAUGGAAGUGGUGCAGUUGUUGAAGCUCUUGUUCGGGGAAUGCAGAAGUUUGGGGGAAGGAUUUCUUUAGGAAGUCAUGUGAAAGAAGUUGUUGUUGAAAAUGGUCGAGCCACUGGGGUCAAGCUACGCAGUGGACAAUUUAUACGUGCUAAGAAGGCUGUUGUUAGUAAUGCAUCUAUGUGGGACACUCUAAAUCUAUUACCUAAAGAAGUUGUCCCAAAGUCAUACAAGGAUAGGAUUAAGAUGACCCGUCAGUGUGAAUCCUUCAUGCAUCUUCAUUUGGGAUUUGAUGCAGAGUGUAUGCGUAAGGACUUGGGAAUUCAUCAUAUAGUUGUCAAUGAUUGGGAUAGAGGAGUUGAUGCCGACCAGAAUGUUGUUUUGAUAUCUGUACCAAGUGUACUAAGUCCGGAUCUGGCACCACCUGGGAAACAUGUCUUGCAUGCAUAUCUUCCAGGAACUGAACCCUUUGAUUUGUGGAAAGGAUUGGACCGUAGAAGUGCUGCAUACAAAGAUCUCAAAGCUGAAAGAUCCGAGGUUAUGUGGAGAGCCGUGGAGCGGGCUCUUGGUCCUGGGUUUAGUCGUGAAAAAUGCGAGGUCAAGUUAGUUGGUUCUCCAUUGACACAUGAAAGGUUUCUUCGAAGGAACAGAGGAACAUAUGGACCAGCAGUAGAGGCUGGUAAAGACUCGAUUCCUGGGCACUCUACUCCGAUUCCGCAACUAUAUUGCUGUGGAGAUUCUACUUUUCCUGGCAUUGGAGUCCCUGCAGUUGCUGCCAGUGGUGCCAUUGUUGCCAAUUCACUAGUUUCUGUUGCUCAACACACUCAACUUCUUGAUGCUAUUGGAAUUUGA